AUGACUUUGUGGAGUUCACAUCAAGCAGUGGAAGGAGUAAAUCCGUUGAGUCAAAAAACAAUAUCGUCUGCUUCGAAUUUUUCUGAUGAACUGGCAACUACUCGGCACCAAGAAUCAACACAAUCUCGUGGGACGAUAAAUAUCAUGGAUGAUAAAUUAGUAGCGGUCUUCGAUCAUUGUAAAAUAAGCGACCGCAACGCAAUCAAACGAUUAUCAUCAAUUUUCCGAAGCAGAGAGAAAAUACGUGAAGAAAAAGUCAAGCAAAUUAAAGAACUUUUCAAAACUGAAGAUUUGAAUGCUAGUGUCCUACAUUGGGAUAGAAAAACUUCUAGUGGAAAUAAUAAAGAACGCCUACCAGUUGUAUUAAGUUGUAGACAAAUUGAAAAAAUACUAGCAAUUCCAGUACUUGAUGAUGGUACAGGACAGUCCCAAGCUGAUGCAAUGUUUGAUGCUGUUAUUGAUUGGGCUUCAGGUCCUGAUGUACCUUUAUUUAAAAGGUUUCGAGACAGUUGGACUGAAAUUGAUACAAGUCAAUUUUCUACUGGUAUUGAAGACUCGUAUGUGCAGAACAAAAUACAAGAUCACAUUGAAGACAUCAAUCAGUUUAUCCAACAGCAACUUGAUUCUGAGCAACCAAGAGAAGACUACAAAGAACUUCUGGAGCUUGUGAAAGAUGCUAAAAUAUCUGAAGUGGCAUUAAAAAAAUUUAGCAAGCAUUUAUGGUAUUUAAAUCCAGAAACUGCAGAUAUGGCAUUUUUCGACGAAAGAAUACCACUAAACAUUAAGAACCAGAUGGUGAUUAUGUUAAAAAUUAUCGAAAAGUUCUGA